AUGCACGCCAGAAGUCCAACUCGGAGACGUCAACUCCUACUAACCUGGUUGAACGUGCAAGUCAUCAAGACCGAUCUUGCAGUGCUUUUUGCUCUGCUUCACUACAGGACUGCCUACACUCCCCAGUCCUGGGCGGCUUUUAAUAGUAGGCAGUUCACUCUCGGCUGGGCAGCUGAGUACUUUGACGUCGGCUUCUUUGCCAAAUGCUUCGUCAUGUAUGGAGAUCGACAUGGAUCACUGGUGGACUGGGAAGCAAAGGCUGCACACCGGGCUGAUACUUUUGGGUAUCCCAGAGUCAUGUUGGUUCUGGAAGUGCAGGCCUACCUUCUCGAGGUUCUCUGCAAUGUCGUCGACAAGAUCCUGGAAGGGGUAGAUCCUCUACAACCCCCAGGAGCCGAAAAGUGGUACCACCUCGUCAGUCACGAAGCCUUCCGAGAGACAGGCGCAGUGGGGUUUUGGUCUACCUACACCAACCAGGCCUUCUCACAUCCACCGAUGUUCAACUGCGACUACCUACUCACGCUCGCAAAGUCUCGCCUGUAUGUGGCUGGAGAUCAUCUAUGGUACCUGCAGUGCGACAGCGCGUACAUGAGAAGACAUGUCAAGAUGAUGUUUGCAACUCAGAUCUUUAAGAAGCCUUCAGAACACCAGAGAGCUAUGAUGCUUUUACAGCGCGUUAUUCUCGAGAUCCAGACUUACUGUUGGUGGCCAUGGAUUGAAGUGGAGUGUAUGCAUGUUGGUGCAGUGCAGUAG